AUGUCUACCAUAAAUGCUCCCCGUCACACCUGCCCAUCAAAUGCAACCACCCGGCCUGGCCAGAUAGUGCUCGAUGCACAGGUCAAGAGGCGUACCAAGGCGCAAAAGAAUGCUGAUGACCUUGCCCUCAAGAAAGCAAAGGAAGCAAAGGAAGCACAGACCCAAAAGGGACUGGAGCGCCUGGCUGGUAUGCAAAAUGAGAUGGAACAGGCGCAGGAGGAAUUACUCACCAAAAAAACGGCUCCCAUUUGGCCUAAGCCAAGGGCUCGUAAGGUGACAAAGCCUGUAGUAGGGAAUGGUGAUAAUCAUACUGGCAGCCUAAUGGACGCUGAUGAGGCAGACAGCCACCAGGAGGCUGUCAAGAACAUGUGGGAUGAAACUGCAGGAGCAAAGAAGAGGGUAAUGAAGAAAGGUGGAAAGCCGUUGAUAAGGGACACUAUCAGUGACAUGCAAGGCAAGAUCAGCAAAGCAUCAUCAAAAGUGGAAGGUGAUAACACCAUGACACGUGUAUCUGAUGGGAAAGAUGCACCAAUGUGUCAUAUCCUGUAUUCCGGACCUAUGUCCGAUAAUAUUCCCACGCCUCAUCCGGACCUUCGGACACCUUAUCCAUGUCUCCAGUCCUCUACCCAUCCGGAUCCCUGCACCUCUGCACAUCCACAUCCACACAUCCACAUCCAGAUCCCUUUACCUCCAUACAUCAGACCUCCAUACCUCCACAGCUAG